CGGUUACAGGAACCAGUGUAAACAAACUUCUGGGUAUUCUGACGAUCUGUGAAAAUGUUUAUCAAUUGUCAUGCCAGUUUGAGAACGUAAUUCAAUUGGAUUGGAUAGGCAAAAAUCAGCUGGAAUAAACAAUUGACAUUUCCUGGAAGUAUAUAUAGAAGAAAUUUGCCAGUCAUAGAAGUGCAAGCCUGAAGUGAUCCCAAGCAAGGAACUCCCCUUGGUAACCAUGGGGUUUUUCAACCAGCUUUUGCUGUUGCUAUGGAAGAACUUCACUCUCCGAAAAAGGCAAAAGUUACGACUUGCUGCCGAGAUAAUAUUUCCCCUGGCACUGUUCCUAAUUCUUGUGAUAGUGAGGACGACCAAGCCGGACCUUAAAGUGAAGCAUGCAGAAUGCCACUUUGAUGGGAAGGCUAUGCCUUCUGCCGGCAUACUUCCAUUCCUGCAAUCAUUGGUCUGUACAUUCGACAACGAGUGUCAAAAUUCAUCCACCCCCAAUGAGCGUCCAAACAUUGCGAACCCUUUCCAGAACACAGAUCUGACAGAGGCACUGAAUGCCCUGGAGGCCAUCUUGGAGAACAACGUGGACACACUGCUCAUUGACGACCUCGUGAAAGAGUUCACGCUAUAUGGGGAACUUGUGCGAAUUGUGCAGAGUGGACAGGCUAACGGUUCGCUGACUGUUGGGAAAUACCUGAUUGACGUUCAGAAUCUAACGCAGUCUCUUGAGAGUCAGGGUCUAUCAACCAACACAACCAACUGGUUGAUAGCUGCUGUCAGCAACCGCACGAUUUUAGACCAGGGGUUGAACACAAUAGACAUCCUUCUUAUUGUGGACUCAUUUCUUGAAAACGUACCGGGUUCCAUUGUAUCAGGCAGCACUUUUGAUCAAACUCUGAAUGCCGCCAUUGACAACGUGCGGACGAACAUUUGCGACGAGGAUCGACUGGAUGAAAUCCUUCACUUCCCCAACAAGACUGUGUCAGACUGGGUCCACGAUGAGUUGUGUAAUCUGACUGUGACGCAGUUCCAAAACGUCUUUGAAACAUUUCUAGAAGAUUUCAAUACUACUGGAUUUCUUGAAUCUUUGAGUGACUUUGUUCAACAGAACACAGGUCGGGAUAUACGGCAGGAGCUAAUUGGGGAGGUCCUUGAACUGUAUCUUGCGUUGAGGGGAAACACUUCUUGGCAGCAACCAUUCUAUGCCUUGUACAAUGUGGCCAUGGAUAUUCGCAACCAGACGGCCAAUAUGGCCCUGAACACCACGAUGAGCUCUGCCUACGAACUUCUCGGGACAUUUGUGUGUGGGAGAAACGGGUCACUAUUCAGCGUGAAUGCAAACGAGGCAAACAAGAUGGAUGUAAACAACAAAGUCCCUGUUAAUCAAGACCUUACUCAAACCACCACAGCACCAACAACAGCGACAACAUCACCAGCCUUCUUGCCAGCAAACAAAAACGGCAGCGAUCUGGAGUAUCUGAAGGACAGGGCCUGUGUACGGGAAACAUCUCCAAGAUGCAAAGCGCUGUUCAGCUCACUGGAGAACAGUGGUACUCAGACUCGGUUUCUAUGGCGACAGAUCAAGCCAUUUAUUCGGGGCUGCAUUCUCUACUACCCGCAGAACCCUGUUACAGACGACAUCAUCAAUAAUACACAGCAGUUUUUCCGUGACCUUGAAAGUCUUCGAGACCUGGCAGACGCAUGGGGGAACUACAGUCCCAGCGUUUACAAGUUCCUCAACAGCAGUGAUUUCAUGACUGGACUCAGGAGCCUCGUAGAUUCUGGUAACACCUGCGAGACAAUCGUCAGCCUAGCUGAGCGUGUGAUGCAGACAACAGGCUACACUAAUUCCACUGGUGGCAACGCGCAGGCUACAUGUGAAUUCUUGACAAAUUUCAUCAACAAUGGCCCCAAUAUGACCAGUUACGACUGGAGGGUGUUACUGGGCUACGUGGACCAGAUAUUUGGCUUUGUUAGCGAGUACAUGGAUUGCUUCAACUUUGACAAGUUCAUUCCUUACAAAGACGAUACCCAAAUGAUGGAAGAUGGAAUCAAAAUGAUCGAGAACGAUUUGUUUUGGGCCGCUAUUGAGUUCGUUGGAAUGGAUCUGACCACCAGUGUGAUGCCAAAGAAAAUUGAGUACAAGAUUCGAAUGGAUGUUGAUAAAGUGGACUCAACCAAAAGAGUCCGGGAUAAAUUCCCAAAACCUGGGCCAAGAAGCCUGAUGUGGAACUUGAAGUAUUUUAUGUAUGGUUUUGUCUACAUACAAGACCUGUUGGAACACGCUGUCAUUAAGAUGCAAACUGGGAUCGAAAGUGGCGUCGGCAUUAUUACGCAACAGUUUCCCUACCCAUGUUACAAUGAGGACAAGUUUAUCUACGCGAUAUCCCGUAUGCUGCCGCUGUUCAUGAUCCUGGCAUGGAUCCUGACGACGGCCAUGUUGUGCAAGAGUAUCGUGUACGAGAAGGAUCGCCGUCUGAAAGAGAUCAUGAAGAUCAUGGGCCUCGGGAACGGGGUCCACUGGAUGGCAUGGUUCAUCAACGCCUUUGUCAUGAUGUUCCUCACCAAUCUCCUCCUGGUUAUACUACUCAAGGUUGGAAAAGUUCUAGAGCAUUCCGACCCCUCGGCCGUGCUAUUUUUCCUGACAUUGUUCACCACGGUGACCAUAAUCUUCUGUUUCCUGAUCAGCGUGUUUUUCUCACGCCCGAACCUUGCCGCCUGCUGCGCAGGCUUUAUAUACUUCCUGGGUUAUCUCCCCUACAUGCUGAUGUUACAGUUCGACGAUGUGCUACCUAGGAGGGUUAAAAUGUCUGUGGGUCUAUUGUCGAAUGUUGCUUUCGGUUAUGGAUGCAACUUCAUUGCGCUGUGGGAGGAGCAAGCCAUUGGGCUGCAGUGGAGUAACAUGGGCAUAAGUCCUGUGAAUGAUGACGACUUCAACAUGCUCCACUGCAUCACCAUGAUGAUCAUUGACAUGUUCCUCUAUGGGCUCGCCACCUGGUACAUCGAGGCCGUCUUUCCAGGUCAAUAUGGAAUCCCGAAGCCCUUCUACUUCCCGUUCACGAAGUCCUACUGGUGUGGCUCGAGCGGUUCAAACCACGACAGGUCUGACAACCAGCUGGGCAUGACCAAUCUCAACCCUAGUGACACAGACACAAUGGAGGCUGAGCCAAAGGACAAAAAGAUCGGAGUGGCAAUAAGAAACCUGAAGAAGAAGUAUGCAUCGUCAAAGAAACCAGCAGUGGAUGGGCUGAACCUUAACUUCUACCAAGACCAGAUCACGUCAUUCCUGGGGCACAAUGGGGCCGGAAAAACCACCACCAUGUCUAUUUUGACGGGCUUAUUCCCACCAACUGACGGCACGGCCUACAUCCACGGCAAGGACAUUCGCUAUGACAUGGACCACAUCAGACACAAUCUCGGCACAUGUCCCCAGCACAACGUCCUCUUUGACUGGCUGACAGUGGAGGAACACCUGUGGUUUUAUGCGCGUCUCAAGGGGGCGUCUGCAAACGAGGUCAAACAUGAACUGGAACAGAUGAUCAAGGACGUGGGCCUGCCACACAAACGUCAGGAGCUCUCCAGUAACCUCUCCGGUGGUAUGAAAAGGAAGUUAUCAGUAGCCAUAGCAUUUGUGGGCAACUCUAAAACGGUGAUUCUGGAUGAGCCCACUGCUGGUGUCGACCCGUAUGCAAGGAGGGCAAUAUGGCAGCUACUUCUCAAGCUGAAGAAAGGUCGCACCAUAAUCCUGUCCACCCACCAUAUGGAUGAAGCAGACGUGCUCGGUGACAGGAUAGCGAUCAUCUCGCAGGGUCAGCUCUGCUGCGUUGGGUCCAGCCUCUUUCUGAAGAAUCGCUAUGGAAACGGCUACUACCUGACCUUGGUGCGAAGUGACCGAGACAUCGACGAGGACGCCAUCUUGAAAGAGCAGCUGAUGACAAACAUCGAGCCGCGACCAACAUCGGCCAUGUCAGCAACCAGUGUGCGGUCCAUUACAAAGGUUUUGUUGGAGGAAAAUAACCGUCAACCCUCAAUGCCCAGUGAGGUGGAUGAGGGGUUUACAGAGGGGAAAUCAGACAGCGAUCCUCCAACACCACCUAACACAGAUGCAGCAUAUCCAGGCUUCUCUGUGAAGAAAGUGACAUCCUUCGUCAAGAAGUACGUUCCAGAAGCAAAGCUCGUUGAAGACAAUAUGACGGAGCUGAGUUACCAGCUGCCAGAUGAGGCAGCGAGACGGGGAGACUUCGAGCGGCUAUUUUCAGAACUUGAGAGGUCACAUGAUGACUUGGGUGUUUCAAGCUUCGGAAUUUCAGAUACCAGUCUGGAGGAGGUGUUCCUGAAGGUUGCGGAGGAGAAUUACGAUGAUUCUGAUGAACUCAAGCGUAACAAGCUGGAUGAAAUGGCCGACGGGGGCAGACUAGCAAGGAAUGUGACGCGUCUAAGUUUCAAGCGAAAGAAGAAGCUGUCUCUGCUGGGUCGUAUGCAGGGAACCAACCGCGUGGACAGCACUACUGAUCUUAUGGCAGACCAGGACAAUGAGUCAGUUAUUUCCGGACCUGUAAGUGAUUACGGAGAGAACGGGUUCAGUCACUGUGAGCAUGAAAAAGUGACUGGUUGGCGUCUUACGCUGCGUCAGUUCAUAGCCAUCUUUGUCAAGCGCUUUCAUCACGUCCGACGCAGCAAGAAAGGAUUCCUGGUGGAGAUUGUGUUGCCGGUUCUGUUUAUUCUGAUGGCCAUGACAUUCUCUCUGAUUGCCCCGCCCUUCUCUGAGGAGCCCGCCCUUGAGCUUCAUCCCUGGCACUACAAACCAGCGCGGGGCGAUGAUCAUCUCUACAUGUUCUACAGCAAUGACGCCCCAGGCAGCACUGUUCCCGUUGCAACUAGAAUGGAGGAUACUAUACAGACACUUGCGGGGGUGGGCAAUCGAUGCCUGAAGGACCACACCCUGCAGGCAAUCACUAAGCCUGGACAAAUAGGCAAAGACAAAUACGAGUGUGAGCCCCCAGGGGAUGCUGCCUUCUCUCCGUAUGUGGCGUUCAACAAGACGAUAGACUGCGACUGUAGCUCCGGUUGGCAGGUGUGUCCUGACAAUGCUGCCGGACCAACACCGUCCAGUCGUCUGCUGCCCUCAACCGAUUACCUGCUCAACAUGACUGGCCGGGACGUAGCUGAUUGGAUUGUGAAGACAAAUAAAGAAUACGAUAGACGAAGUUAUGGAGGCCUGUCAUUUGGAGAGCGUGACUUCUCAGCCUUCUCUGGCAACAUAACGGACGUUCAGCAACGGAUCGAGAGGAUAUUGUCUGCUGCAAACAAUGGUUCCAAGGUCAACAUCGCUGACAACAUGUUCUUCUAUGACCUCACUGAGAUAUUGCCUGCACUUGCAACUAGAGAUGUUGCUAAGGUGUGGUUCAACAAUCGUGGAUGGAUAGCUUCUGUGUCCUACAUGAAUGUUAUGAAUAACCUGAUCCUGCGUAGCAACCUUCCCAAGGGCACUGACACCACAGAGUACGGAAUCGUAGCCAUCAAUCAUCCCAUGAAGAUGACAAAGGAGCAGCUUAACGACGAGGCUUUGUACAGCAGUUUUAAAGACGUGGUAAUAUCGAUCUGUGUGAUAUUCGCGAUGUCCUUCAUUCCCGCCAGUUUCACGAUGUACCUGAUCGAGGAACGCGUGUCCAACUCCAAGCAUCUGCAGUUUGUCAGUGGCGUAAACCCCGUCAUGUACUGGGUGACCAACUUUUUCUGGGAUAUGAUCAACUACCUGAUACCGUGUAUACUGUGUAUAUUCAUCUUUCUGGCAUUCAACAGACAGGCCUAUGUAUCUCCUGUCAACGGACCUGCCUUGGUAUGCCUGCUCUUCCUCUACGGAUGGGCCAUGAUUCCCCUGAUGUACCCCUUCUCAAGGGUGUUUAGUGUUCCCAGUACAGCCCUUGUGACCUUGAAGUCAGUGAACAUUUUCCUGGGCACGGUCUCCACCAUGGCAACCUUCAUCAUCGAGUUCCUUGAGCAAGAUGAUGAGAGCCUAAAGGACAUAAACCUGGUGCUGAAGCAAGUGUUCCUGCUACUGCCUCAAUACUGUCUGGGUCGUGGGCUCUUUGAUCUUGCCAAGAACCAGUUGUUUGCAGACGUGUACGCAGCGUUUGGUGAAAACCGUCUGCCGGACCCGUUCGCGUGGAAACAAGUGGGCCGUAACCUGUUCUCUAUGUUCAUGUUGGGGAUUUUGUUCUUCACCCUGAACCUGUUGAUUGAGUACAACUUCUUCAUAAAGUCCAGACUGCUCAAGCAGUCUAGAGAUGAUCAAGAGGAUGAAGAUGCAGACGUUGCUAAGGAACGCAGGAGAGUGCUCAGUGGAGGGGCAAAAGAUGAUGUCCUCCGAAUCGAAGAGCUCACAAAGGUUUUCAGUUCUCGUGGUCGCAAGGGCAAACUGACGGCUGUUGAUCGACUGUGUGUGGGGGUCCCCAAGGGGCAAUGCUUUGGACUGUUGGGGGUCAAUGGGGCGGGGAAAACGACCACAUUUAAAAUGCUGACUGGAGAUGAGAGGCUGUCCAAGGGGAAUGCUUACGUCAACAAUUACAGUAUACUGAACGACAUGGUACAGGUGCGACACUACAUUGGUUACUGUCCCCAGUUUGAUGCCCUUGACCCCCUGCUCACAGGGGUCGAGCAUUUGAGGUUCUACGCCCGUCUACGGGGAAUCCCUGAGACGAGGUUAAACUGGUAG